CUAGGUUUUCUAAAAAAGCUUACUAUUUUUAAACAACAUUUAAAUUGACCGCGGCACUCGGGAGUUUGCCGCUAACAUUAAGACAAGAUCCCGGCUAGCGACACAACAUUGACUUAAGUUGACAUGUUAAGAAGCUAACGUUAACUAGCUAGCUACACUUGGCUCGGAGUUAUAACGUUAACGUUACUAUCUAACGUUACAUCAGUGUUUGUCAAUAUAGAGAGCUAUUGUUCUGGUCGAGCUUGUAUUACUAAUACAAAAUUAUAUAAUAUAGUGUGAACAUCUAUUAUGUACUGAUUUAGAUUAGUAGCUAGUUGCAAUUGGCACAGUCAAAAUAACACUUCAACUGGUAUCGUUAGUAUAUUUAACGCGAGCUACCUUACCAACUUCGUUUCUCAUGCUAGAUUAGCAACACUGCUUUAUUUUUUGUCUUUCAUCCCGGAUACAGACAUACUUUAUGAAGUGGAUUCCUCUCUGUGUUUACAGUUUCAAUCAUCCUUGCUUGCCUCUUUGGUGAGUGGAUCAUAUUAACAUUUGCUCGCCAUGGCAGCAGUGGUUAGCUACUCUCCACCAUGGUGGGUGAACCUUAUACACAGACUUCCCCAUUUCAACUUUAUGUUCGAGCAAACAAGCAGUGAUUUCCGACCAGAGGACUGGACAUAUCAACAGUCUAUCCUGUUACUGGGUGGUGUGGCGCUCGCCUGUCUGGCACUGGACCUCCUGUUCCUGCUUAUCUAUUCCAUUUGUCUGUGCUGCCGGCGAAAAAAGAAUGAGGAUCAGCCCGGCGCUGACUGCUGCUGCACAGCCUGGUGUGUCAUCAUUGCAACACUCGUCUGCAGCGCUGGCAUUGCUGUCGGUUUCUAUGGGAACGGCGAGACUUGUGAUGGAGUGAACCGGCUGACGUAUUCCCUGCGCCAUGCUAACCGCACAAUCACUGGGGUGGAGAAGCUGGUAUAUGACAGUACAUCCUCAUUGAACCAGACGGUAGACAACAAUCUGCAACAGCUUGAGGGCCAGUAUGCACAGCACGCAGACUACCUGUCCAUCAUCCAAAAGCUGCAGAGCCAGCUGGAUGAGCUGGUCAGACAGAUGGUGGAGAUCCCCUUCUGGGACAACACCGACAUCUCCCUGGAGGAACUGGCCGUCAAGAUUGAGCUGUUUGACUGGUACAGGUGGCUGGGCUACAUAGGCCUGCUACUGUUCGACGUCCUCAUCUGCCUUCUGGUGCUGUUUGGCCUCAUUCGCAACUCCAAGGGAACGCUUAUAGGGGUGUGCUUGUUUGGUGUAGUGGCUCUCGUAAUCAGCUGGGUCUCCCUUGGGCUGGAAUUGGCCGUCUCUGCGACCUCCAGUGACUUCUGUGUUGCCCCUGACACGUAUGUCACCAAAGUGGCAGACCAGUAUGGAGUCGUCAAUCAAGAUAUCCUGCAGCACUACCUUAGUUGCAGUUUGGAACAAACAAACCCCUUCCAACAGAAGCUCUCUGGGAGUCACAAAGCAUUAGUGGAGAUGCAGGAUGACGUGUCUGAACUGCUGCGCUCUGCCACCAGAGAGUAUAAACAAACUCAGGCAAGUUUAGAAGAGAUCCAAGGGAUACUGAACACCACAGAGAUCAGUCUACAUCAGCUCACUGCCCUGGUGGACUGUCGCAGCCUGCACAUGGACUUUGUCCAGGCAAUGACGGGUCUGUGUUAUGAUGGAUUGGAAGGCCUCAUCUACCUCGUGCUCUUCUCCUUCGUCACUGCUCUCAUGUUCACCUCGAUUGUUUGCAGUGUGCCUCACACCUGGCAGAGCAAGGGGAACGAGGAGGAUAGUGAGGAUGAGUCUCUGAGCCACGGGGGAAGGCAAAACCAUGAUAACCUGUACCGGGUCCACAUGCCCAGCCUGUACAGCUGUGGCAGCAGCUUCGGCAGCGAGACCUCCAUCCCUGCCACAGCCCACACCGUCAGCAACGCACCGGUCACAGAGUACAUGGCUCAGAAUGCCAACUUUCAGAAUUCUCGCUGUGAAAACACGCCUCUGAUAGGACGAGAGUCUCCUCCACCCUCGUUGUAUUUGACUGCCGCAGACCGUAACGGCAGUCACAGCUGGCAGUUAAAGCCUUCGGAGAGUUCAAGAUCGUUUUGGUAACCUCAUCUGCGACACUAACAGUACACCUCCAGCAUGCGGGCAAAGUACCUGGCUAACAGCCGACCAGAUCCCAACAACCCCCCUCCAGCACACUAAACACUGGACGCAUCCUGUCUGCAGCACUGACGUCUCUGAAGCCUCUCAUCCAGUCAGUUCUUACUUCUCGUACCUUUCAGUCACUCCUCCUGCUUUCUUCCACCGUCUAACUUGACUUAAAAUGGAAAAACAAAUGCUUUUUCUUUUUUUUGGCUGGUUGGUGAAAGCUAAACUUAAGGAAUCCUGCAAAUCAUAGUGCAUAUACCUUUUCUCCACAAUCCUUGGCUGAUGUUUAUUAAUGCAAGAAUCAUCAUUGGUGCUGGGAAUUCAUCUGCAACUCUGCUGUGAUGGAGCCUGGACUGACUUUUACACUCCAACUUAUCAUUUCUUUACACAUGAAUGCACCACGACAAGCACAGUGUCACAUCUAACGAAACAUUGCAGUGUUGAGGACUCUGGAAGUGCUCAUAGAUUAACACUGAUUACUACUGGUUGUUGAUUUUGUUUUGUAAAGUACUGUACUGCACGCUCUCGUUGCUGUGGGAGAGUAGUUUUCUCUUCCCACCUGAAGUGUAGACAUUAUUUCUCACAUAACACACUCAACGUAGAUCAAACGGUAGUAGAAUAGAUUCAUCUUACAGUGCAACAUCUCCUCUUUCUGCUUGUGGAAUUUAAAAUGCAAGUCUGCUAUUUGAGUCAACAAGAUUAUGAUUAUUCUCCAGUUAAAGUCGCCAUACUGUAUAUUACACAUGCACAUUGGCUUGUUUUUGCAUUUUGUGUUAAAUCCAAUGUCUGGGACCAGUUUUCCUGCAGUGUUGCACGUCUUACAGGUCUGAAAUAGAUUUUUUUUUUUUUCUUCUUCUUCUUGGGACACUUCCUUGGGACAUUUCCUGUGGCAUUUUACAUUGAUGAGCCACUAUUCUACAGCAAUGAAUGCAACUUGUUAAACUGUGAACUUGAUUCUGGCACAUGCUCUCAGAGGACAAAGAUGAGCUGUGUGAUGGAAAUGCAGCUGUUUGACAGGAAGAGUCUCAGCGGGAUGACGAUGACCAAUGCCGAAAAAAAAGGAAUGAAACCGCAAUGAGUUUGACGGAGACAAGACGUUUUUAUACUACUGGAAGCAGAAACUUGUUUUUUUACAGCCCAUUGAAGACGAUGGUGAAGUAGCGGAGGAUAGGGUUGCGCGUGAUGUCUUCUGCCACAUUACUCCAGCCUUUUUACGAUAAUCUGCCUCUUCACCAGAACGCUUGUUAUUCUCCUCACGCUCCUGUUAAGUUGUAAAGCCUCAUCUCCCUGCAUCAGAACUGGGAAUAGUCCACACACUCAUCCCUAACUCUGUCCGCCAAUGAUCCUCUCCACCAGAUGCAGCAGUUUAGAGUCAGAAAUUCCUCUCACAAGAAUCUUAAUGCAAUUUUAUGUGACGUUAUGCAUAUCGCAGUUUCUAGGAGAAUUUCUGAAAGAAACUUUAUGCAUUGGCAAUGCAGUGUCUCACAAAUGUGUUUUAGCAUUUAUAACAGAAAGUAGAUAAGAGUGAGUGGAUGCUGUGAAGGGAUUGUGAUAACUGCUCUCUAUAAUCUGGAAAUUGUCAAAGGAAACCUGCUGACUUCCUGUUGAAGCGUGACGAUCUUUCAAAUGUGGAGUGAGAUGUUUGUACUUCUCCUGCUUCAACUUGCUUCUCUUAGAUGUGCAUUGUGACCAGAAAAAAGGUGAUUUUGUUUGUGCCAACAAGUGAAGCACAACUCUUUUAAUAUAUGAAUAUCUUUUUCAAUGUCUUUACUUGAGGCCACUCUGUAAAGUUUGCAGCUCCUGGUUGCAUGUGCAAUCAAAUGAGAAAAUGAGCCUGUAAUCAUUUAUGCUCUGUAAAACAUUAUUACACUGAUGCAAUCUUUCUGUUUUGGGGUAAUAGUCAUUUUCUCUUUGUUGUUUGUAAUGCAAGGUGGUUGUACAGAAUAUAAACAUUAACUAAAUGAAAAAGAAAAAACAGUGUCUGAAAACGACAUUUCAUUUUAAUUUCUUAAAAGCUUACUCCAUUUGAUUUGCUUUAGGUUUUUAUUUUCAUUUUAGAAUCUCUAGCACACACAAAGUAUUGCUUCAUUAAUGUGAAUACGUUAAAUAGAUUUAAAUUUGUCUGAGUUUUUUUUCUGGAAAAAAAAUCACUAGAUGUAAUCUUUGUUUUCUUCUUUUAUACAUCAUUUUGCAAUCUUUAAAAUAUGUACAUGUAAAACCUGUGGUUAUAUUGAGCAUGAAUGCUGUGUUUUAAAAAAUAAACAAACUUAACUGUA